UCUCAAAUGUCUGCGGCUUCAAAAACACAACACGUUUCCCUGCUUUUUAAUCUCUCAGUUCGGUAAAAAGCGUAAUGGUAACAACGACAGUUAGUAAAUACACAUUUGUAUUCGGCAGCUCGUCGCCACUUUGCCUGUGGCUGGAUUAAGAUAACUAAGUUACGUGGUCGGACUAACUUCUGCUCACUUUGACUAACUCACCACAGAGAUACACGUUUAAACGAGACGUUUCAGAAUGACCGACAUUAAUCCCGGAGAGUCUGAGUGGACCAGUGGAAACCUCCUGAAGCUGUUCUCUGCCAUGAAGAGCAACACGCCCUCGCGGCACAUGGAGUGUGCGUACGCCGCAGGACUGAAGAAGGUGGACUGGAAGAGCGUGGCGUUCCAUCCUUUCUCUCCUGAAGCCUGUCGACUCAAGUGGAGACAGAUUGUAAAGAAGAUGCGCCUGACUCGAUCCCUAACUGAGCUCCUUGUUGAAGCUGAAGAGAACCUCGUUAUUGGCCCACAGGUCCAGAAGAAGCCGCCUCCUCCAAGUGUCAUGUUUUAUCACAUGCACAAUGCCAAGUUUAAGGAGCAGCACCCAGAGCUGGCCCAGAGAGACAUUAUGAGGGUGUUGUACCAGAAGUACAAACGUCUCCCAGAAGAAGAGAAGGCUCCAUAUGGGAAGAAAUACAAGUGUGCAUAUCGAGAAUACUUGGCAAGGAAACGUGAACUCAGUGAAAAAGGGGUGGAGUCUCCAUAUAAUACGUGCAGGAGGAGGAAGGAGUCUGAGCCUGUGCAGACUGGAACUGAAGGUGGAGCUGGUCUGCCUCCCAGGCCUCAUUUCAAUGCCUAUAUUCUAUUCUGCAAAGAGCAAAUGUCAUCUAUGGCUGGUGUCGGAAAACAUAACUAUGCAAAUGUUUGCGGUCAACGCUGGAAAGAUUUAAGUGACGGAGAGAGGAAGAACUACCAAAGACGCUGCCGAAAGCUGAAGAGAGCGUAUGAGAUUAAACUGGAUCGAAACCUAAAGAAACCGCAGCUCCUUAAAUCUGGGGACACGAACACUGAAGGAAGAGAAGCACUGAGCCCAAACAGACCAUCAGAUUCUGAAGAUGAAGACAUUGAGGAGAGCAGCAGUGAUGAUGAUGAUGAUGAUUUUGACUGUAAUGAGGAAGAGGAAGAGGAAGAGGACGAGGAGGAGGAGGAGGAGGAGGACGACAUCACGUUUCAGAUGUAUUAGAUAGUGAUGAGACAUGUUCACAGCAGGAUUGUGGAUCUAAGAACAUUGAUUUUAAAUAUACCAGAACUAUAUUUAAAAGUUCUUCGUCUUUACAAAGAACCUCAGAGAGAAACACGCGUUAAAGAGGAUUUGAACAAACAAUCACUCGUUCAUCUUCUACUGCUUAAGCCACAUGAGUGUCACAGGGGACGCCGGUGCUCGUCCCAGCUGACGUCAUAUAUUUAUGAUGCUGUUGAUGGUGAAAGCAGGUGUUGACCUCAUAAGAUGUUUUUAUAUCUGUAAACCUUAAAGGAGAUGUUUCAAUUCAAAAAAACAGUGUUCUAUAAAAAUGACCUCUGAUUGAA